GGCAAGACUCUAAUGUAAGAGAGGUUUAAAUCAAAGUGCCUCUCACUUAGGAGGCAAUGACUUAGAUAGCAGCUUGUAACCACAGUCCCAUCUGCUCUCUCAUUUUCCUGUGAACUAUAAGAUCUCUUAUAUCUUUCGGACAGGGAAAAUUGAGAGAUUCAAGUAUCAAACACUAUAAAACUAUUGCUGUUGCUGUUGCUGUUCUUAUCUGGUUUUUAACUCUUUGUACCUCACAAGGUUUGCUAAAGAUGCGCAGCAUGGCAAGCUCCAGCUCCACCAAAGGCAUCGCCGCCAUUGUAGGCGUCGGGCCCAAGCUUGGACGAUCUAUUGCCCGCAAGUUUGCUCAUGAAGGAUAUACUGUCGCCAUCCUGGCCCGGGACUUAGGAAGAUUGUCGAGAUUCGCAGAUGAGAUAGCCAGAGCAGAGAAAGCGCAAGUCUUUGCAAUUAGAAUAGACUGCUCGGAUUCUAGAAGUGUUAGGGAAGCAUUUGAAGGGGUUCUUUCACUAGGAUUUGUAGAAGUUCUGGUGUACAAUGCAAAUCAGCGAGUUUCUUGGCACCCCACAAACUUCACUGACAUUAAAAUUGAUUCCUUUGAGAAAUCUCUUGCUGUGUCAUCCCUUGGUGCUUUCCUUUGCGCUCAACAGGUACUUCCCGGGAUGGUGGAAAGAGGAAAAGGAACGAUUCUCUUCACUGGCUGCUCAGCUUCACUCAACGGCAUUGCUGGUUUCUCUGAACUAUGCUGUGGAAAGUUUGCCCUGAGAGCAUUAUCACAAUGCCUGGCAAGAGAGUUCCAGCCUCUUGGUGUCCAUGUUGCCCAUAUUAUCAUUGACGGGGUUAUAGGUCCACCCAGGGGACCAUCGGCAUCGCAGCGAGGGUUGGUUGGGGAGCAAAAGCAAAGCGGAGGGGGAGGGGACGGGGCCGCCAUGAUGAUGGACCCAGACGCGUUGGCUCAGACCUACUGGCACCUGCAUGUUCAAGACCGGACCGCUUGGACCCAGGAGAUUGACCUCCGUCCCUCCAUCACCAGAUUCUAUUAGCCACUCAAUUCCAUCCCUUUCUCUCCUUACAAUAUAUAUCUUCCCAUUUGCUCGACUCCCUCCUCAAAUCAUUUGCAAUUUCUACUAUCAUUAUCAUCUACUCCAAUAGUUUCCAUUUCUUGUACACUUAUCUUGUUGUUUGGGACAAGGCACCUGAAUUGGAUCUCAAAGUGUCCUUGGAACUGGCACUUCAAGA